GAUUUCGUUACGUCGGCCAUGUUCGCGUCCGCCAGCACCGGUCAGGCGCACUCGGCUCGUCCUACCGCCGCCGCCGUCGCCGUCGUCGUCGUCGUCGUCGUCGCGGAGAGGCCGGAGCGCACGGGAUAGAGAUUUUCCGCUCGUCGAACGCCGUCGAACGACGCUGAGCGCCGGGGCGCGAUGCACCUGUAAAGCCGCGGGCAUUCGCAAACCGCUCGUGAUCGCUCGUCGUUCUCGCGGUUAUUGCACGAUACGCAGGAUCGACCGUGUCGCAGAUCCGCAAGUAGUCACAGCCGAGUCUUGGUCCGCCGCCGCCACCGCCGCCACCGCCGUCGAGUAACGCCCAGGGGAGGAAGUGCGAGCAGCUCGAGGAGAGCGGCUGCGGGAGCGUCGCAAGCACGUCAAAAUGCCACCGUUUUUCAAGAGGGACGUGAACGAGGUGCGCGAGGAAGCCAACAGCGCUACCUCGCCCAAUUCACUUUUCACCACAGAAGAAGAAAAAUUCACUACGGAUGAAGUCACCGAGAGCGCGGUUAAGGCCGUCGAGGAUUUCGGGGAGAAAAUGGCGGAUAAGAUGGGAAUACCGCCGUGGGGGCUUGUUGCUAUCUUAAUAGGGAUAGGUGUAAUUAUUCUCGGCAUCUGUUUCUGCUGUAUACGAAGAUGUUGUCGCAAACGACGUACCAAAGACGGCAAGAAGGGUCUGAAGGGCGCGGUGGACCUCAAGUCCGUGCAGCUUCUCGGCAGCACGUACAAGGACAAGGUCCAGCCGGAUAUGGAGGAGCUGACGGACAAUGCCGAAGAGCCGGACGAAGCCGAGAGCAAGCAGAGCGAAGUCAAGCUCGGCAAGCUGCAGUACAAGCUCGAAUACGACUUUAACUCGAACAGUCUCGCCGUAACGGUGAUACAGGCGGAAGAAUUGCCGGCAUUGGACAUGGGCGGCACGUCAGAUCCGUACGUGAAGGUGUAUUUGCUGCCGGACAAGAAGAAAAAGUUUGAGACGAAGGUUCACAGGAAGACGUUAAGCCCGGUCUUCAACGAAACCUUUACCUUCAAGAGCGUCCCUUAUGCCGAUGCCAUGAACAAGACUCUCGUCUUCGCCAUCUUCGACUUUGACAGAUUCUCGAAACACGAUCAGAUCGGCGAGGUCAAAGUGCCGCUUUGUCAGGUCGACUUGGCGCAGACGAUCGAAGAAUGGCGGGAAUUGCAGAGCGUUGAAGGCGAGGGUGGACAGGACAACAAACUGGGAGACAUAUGCUUCUCGCUGAGAUACGUGCCGACGGCCGGCAAGCUCACGGUGGUCAUUCUGGAAGCCAAGAAUCUGAAGAAGAUGGACGUCGGCGGUCUCUCGGACCCUUACGUCAAGAUCGCCUUGAUGCAAAAUGGCAAGAGGCUGAAAAAGAAGAAGACGUCGAUCAAGAAGUGCACCCUUAACCCGUACUACAACGAAUCAUUCACCUUCGAGGUACCCUUCGAGCAGAUACAGAAAGUGCAACUCGUCGUCACCGUAGUAGAUUACGAUCGCAUCGGCACAUCAGAACCGAUCGGCAAGGUCGUGUUGGGACAAAACGCGAGCGGAACGGAAUUGAGACAUUGGAGUGACAUGCUGGCGUCUCCCAGGCGCCCAAUCGCCCAAUGGCACACGCUGAAGGACCCCGAGGACGGAGAUAAGAAAGAUUAAGAAUGUUGACGUUCAGUUAAGGAUAAUCGGUCGGGAGAAAGGGCGACGGAGAAGAGAGUGAGGGGGAGAGAUAUAGGGAUAUAGAAAAAAAAAGAGGGUGAGGGAGAACACGAAUAAAAAAGAGAAUAAAUUCGAUGCGAAAGAGAAGAGAAACAAAUACAUAAUUAAUAGAUAUUAAUAAUCUAUGAUUAAACUAAACGAUAAAAUACCAACCAUGAAGGAUUUAAAAUAAUAUGUUCUCAUGUGGAGUGUAGUGUCUUGUAUAUACAUACAUAUAUCUAAUAUACUUCUCUCUGUAGAUGUAACGUUGAGAAUGAUUUCAAGUAACGCGUCUCCGUCGAGCCGACGAGAACGCUGAAAAUUCGUAAAAGUACUCACAUCCUGAGAAGGGAAUAUCUAUACAUCAUUAGAUCGCAGAUACGCUUCCGCCUUGGUUCGGCUAGUUAGUACGGAUUAAAUGAGCAAUUUUCUAAGCGCGUCGUUAGACGGGAUGUCUCCUGAUCAAUAUUAUCCCAGAGAUGGGACAGAGCAUCUUAUUAUCUGUCAGGAGACACCCCGUGCAACGAUUUCGGCUACAUCGUUCGAGAAGAGAGAAAAGUAGCGGCAUAAUUUUACCUAAGCGAGGAGAACACGUGGCGGCGAUAGCGCGGGGCACGUCAGCACUGCACUGAGAGAAAAAAAACGGUUGAUCUAACUAAAAUUAUUGUUACUUUCGCUCCGCCAUAUUUUUUGCAGUCAAAUGACAGUAGAAACAUGCAUGCAAGAUUGUUAUCGCUAACAAUAUGGUAAAAUUUAAUAAAAAAAGAAAAAAAUGAUUUUCUUCAACAUAAUCUGCACAGUAAUUGUUUCUCCAAGUGCGAUUACAUAGUUACAAAUACCGAACAUUUUUUUCUCAGUGCAUGCUUGCGCACGAGAUGACGGAGUUUGACAAUGUGUAAUCGUCGAACUCGAGGGAUAGCUUUCGGAACAUUACUUGCGAAUCGAAGGGCUUCGGUGCAAAGGGCGCUGCGCGAGUGGCCGCAAACUCGGCCAAGCUCGAAUCGUUCGUCGCGUUCGCCGUUUCCCUCAGGGAAGACAGUUUUGCGCGCUUGCAGAAUUGUUCCCUCGAAGAAAGCUCAUUUCGAGCUCAGUCACGCGGUUCAAGCAGCUCGCCGUAGCAGUUCCACCCCCGUGUUGUUGUCACCCGCGUCCUUCUCCGUCUCCUUCUUUUCCACCGGGCCCUUCACUCGACACUCGCUGGUGCUGGCCAUCGCUCAUGUAUCGCGCAUCUCUCACGAUCCAUCGCUUCGCGCUUUAAGUUACCUCGAGAAGAGAUCGAGAUCGCGUCGUGCACUGAACCCUCUCAUUGCACUCGAAAGGUCAAAGCGUGGCUCCGAACGUGCAUAAGCGCCGCUCAGGGACGUGGACGUUUCCGUAUCGAUCGGCCGCCCGCUGAAACGGCACGCGCCUGUAUUUUCGCGCAAAGGGGCGACGCGCUUGAAUCCCGCGAUAUCCUUCGUGUAUAAUAUAGUUAGGCUCUCUUAGAUUACGCGCCAUGGCUGUAAUGAGAAGUCGCUCUAGAAACGAUAUAUCACACAAUCACGUGACCACGCGAGCAGAUUUGUAUCGUUCGACCCGAGUCCGCAUGCACCAGAUCGGGCCUCUUGGACUCUUGCGUCCGUCUUUCUGCCCGUGAAAAUAUUUUCUCGCAAUUCCGUAUGAAAAAUGGAGCACUGCGAUCUCGUGCAUUUAACGCGCCAGCGAUAAACUUGAUGUGAGAUCGGAUCUUUUGGUUUUUAAAUAUGCCGAUUAUAUAUUAUAUAUAAUUGGCUUAUCUAAAAUUUAAUAUUUAAUAUGUGAUAUGAUUUAAUUUAAUAUUUUAAUGAUAUUUUUUUAGAUACAAAUAUUUAUAUUUAAUUAUAUUUAAUUAUUAUAUCUAAACUUUCAACAUAGGACAUAUGUAUAUAUUUAAUACAUGUAUAUAUAUAUAUUUUUUUUAUAUUGAAAGUUCAGAUAUAUCUCCAUAUAUUUCAAGAAAAACAACAAGAAUGUGUAAAUGCGUGACUAGACAUUGACACUUUUACCUUAACAUAUUGAAAAAUCUAAAAAAGUCACGGGCGCGUUGUUACUUAGAAUAUAUAACGUUGAAGUACACAGUUACAGCAUAUAAGGCGUAUUCAAGUGCGUGCAGCUCAUUCUAUUAUUGUUAUCCGCUGUCAUCUCUACACAAUUAUGUGAGAGAUUCUCGAGAUUAAGCGAGUCUAAUCGGGCCCGAAUGCUGGGGGCAGACUUGAGUUCGUUCUUUGACGACGUUUCGCGAGAUCUGUGGUUCGUGUAGACGGACGCGAUACACUUUGAUCGGCGAGCCGUGCUCGCGGCUGAUCUCCGCGCGCUCGGAUUCCCGACGAAGGAGAAAUCCGUACGUCGCGCGCGACUACACGACGGCGCUGGCUUUUUCCACUUUCCGCCGCUCUCAUCUCGUUGCGUGUUGCGUUCGCGCGCGACGCACGAAGGACGCGUGUGCGUUCUCGCGCAGUCUGUACUCAUGAAGAUCACUCUGCAAUUGCGUGAGCGUGAUCGCAAGUGGUUGUAAGCGAUUGCGACAGCCAAUCGGAAUGAAGCAAUCAGUGAACAAAACACUCUGAUCUUACGUUCAUGAUCGCGCUUACGCAAUCGCAGAAUGGCCUUGAUGCAAGACAUACAUACAUCUUACGCAUACAUCUUACGCAUAAACGCAUAUAUGCAUUAUAUCACGAGUUAUAUCUGCAGAUAUACUGUUAUCGAUUAAACCGUGAGUCGCGGAACGGGCCUAUUCAUCCUGACUUGCGUUAGUCCGCAAUCGCCGAAGUUGAAUCGAGGAGCGACACUCGGGUCGGGAUCCCCGUGCCGGGGAUAUUCGGGUGUCCCCGGACACACGAGGACGUCUGUGCGGGAAACACCGGACGCGCGAAACGGAGGACGGAGAGAUCGGUGGAAGCGCGUGGACGAAAAGCAUCAUUUCGCAUCUACCUGUAAUUAGCCGCGAACACUUUGGUUUCUCAAGCGUGAGCCUCGGGUUGGGAGUAACUCGUCGACGAACGAGUUGCUGCUGCAACGUUGAGAGCGACUUUGGGAAACGCAACUCGCUCGUACACGAAACGAAUCCACGAGAGAGAGAAAGAGAGAGAGAGAGAAUCGCAGUGAAGUAAAUCCAAUUGCAAAGCGAUUUUUAUAUUUUUUCCAAUGAAAUUGCAUCGCUCAAAAUUAUCACAAUUACGAAACACUGACAAGUUUCCGCAAUAAUUGGCUAGUAACAAAAGAUAUAGCCAAUCGUUGCAUAAAUUGGUCUAUAGUGGCUCGCAAUUGUGACAAUCUUACGCGUUGCGACUUUAAAAAUAGUGUGAAAACCGUUUUGCAGCAGAGUGUACAGCGGAUCAAGAAUAACGGUUUAGACACAAUAAAUUUCAGAGCGCAUAUUCUUGCAUUCUAAAACGACGUUUUUUGAGAAAACCUUUACCCAGUAUUCUAUAAUAUGUGCAACGUGAACUAUAGGACAUUGAGUAAAAUUUUCCUCAAAAAGAACGUUUCAGAAUGCGAUCUUAAGCAUGUGUCGCCAAAAAUUGGCGGCACACGUUGGAAUAAAAACCCUACGCAAUUACAAAGGACAUAAGUACCAUAAAAAAGAGAAGAGAAGAUAGUACUGGGAGGUCUUCAAUUGUCAGAAUUACGUGGUACAAAUAAUGUACUAGAUAUGGCUCAUCCCAAACCGGUAACCGAUCGGUCACCCACAUCCAUGUUCCCCGAUCGGAGAACGAAUUAGCUAUGACAUUUAUUGUGUCUAAGCCGUUUUGCGAGCUACUAUAAUAAUACACCUCGUACUCUAUUGCGAGUGCGGGGCAGUCGGUCGAACCGUUUAAGAAAAGGCUUGAACAUACGUUUCUCUCUCGCCGUUUGGCGGUUGCGCGACGGUUUUCUGUAAAUAUACACGUCAGUACGAAAAUCCCUUCGGCAGCUACGAUUCUCUGUGUCCGUCGUUUGUUGAUUGAUCGUCGCUCCCCGUUUGUAACUAGUGCGAUUUUUAGUUUUUUAGCGAUAUAUACGAGAAAAAGACAGAGAGGGAGAGAGAGAGAGAGAGAGAGAGAGAGAAAGAGAAAGAGAGAGAGGGAAAAUGUUAUAUAAUCAAUCGAAUUCUAGCGACGGUAAAAUAUAGGAGUAUACGGCAGCGUCCGGUUGACACGAUCGUACACUCAGGGUGAUCGGAAGUCUUGGUUCUCGCUUAGUCCCAAACUUCACCAAGCUUCAAGCAACGUGUGCACUUUAUUCGCGAUUGAUUUUAAGAGGAGGGGCGAAUCCGCCGUGUAGAAAUGCUAAAAAUCUUUCGUCGAUGUUCGUUGCAUUUACACCGCUAAGAACGACGUGUUUAUUUUUGUAUAUUUUUUUCCUGACGACUAGAGAGAACGUUAUUUAGAGUCACACACGUCUUAUAGGUUUUCCGCGAGACUUCCAGCAGAGUAUGGAAGAGAAAGACAUUCAGCGAUGUCACCCUAGGUGUAGGUACACGGACGCAGCGCCGCGUCUCUCGAUAAUAUAUAAUAAUAAUUAACGAUAAAUAUAAUAAUAAUAAAAAUAAUAAUAAUAAUAAUCAUAAUAUUGUUAAACGAUAACCGAGGACAGCGAGGAUGGACUAUUUGGUGAUAUCUAUUGAUUUUAGCUUUGUAUCGUAGCGUUUACUCGGUAUAUAAGAUUAUAAUUACGCGUUACACCUAUUAUCGUUACAACGUGGAGAUUAAAGUAAUUUAUUGUAGAUGAAGCCCUCGCGGGAAGGGGGGAUGAUAUGCCGUUGGAGAAGGCGCUCGGUCCUUUACCCUUAUCUCCCGACGUUUCGAAGCUAAUCCGGUGAUAUAUCGACCUGUAUAUCUAUCCUGCUAACGGAAAUUCGGGCGUAAUUGUCGUCGUCGUCGUCGCCGUCGUUCGCGCGCGGAAACGUAACGGUGAGAACCGAAGAGGCCAAUUCGCCGCGUUUCCGGCUCGCGUGCACGGAGAGGAAAGUUUGCUCAGAUUAAUCGAACGCCGGAUGAAGCCAGCAGAAUUCCAUUCAAGCUAACAAGAUAUCCGGUUGACCAGGACUUGUUCAAGUUGGUCAGAUCAGUCAAUUGGAACAGGAUUCUGGUACACCACAACCGAACGUGUGGUUCAUUCAUACUUCAUCAGACAUUUCGUUAGUCUAAUCAAAUUUUUUCUCAUGUGUAUUGCGUGUACUUUUGUCGCGGAGCCGUCAAACUGAGACUCUUUUAUAUCCUUUUUGCAACGAUAUAAUCUACAUAAUAAAUAUAAAAUUGCCCCCACACACAAUUCGUAUCGACAUUGAGAAAGAGAGAGACUCACGAGCUCGCGAUAAUUUCGAUUGACGGAGGAAUUCUUUGAAUUUUUCGCACUCCGUCAUUCCCAGAGACAUUUAUUCCCAUUUCACUUAUUCAGUGAUAUUUAGUAUCCUUUAAAUGCCCAAAGAGCGUCUCAUUCUUAUCGUUACGUCGAGCGAGUUGGAAGAUCACGAGAAGAGAAAGAACGGUAACUCGGAGGAAAUAACGCCGACGACGACGACGUCAUCGAAGGCACGAGCUUUUCGCUCGCGAAUCGCGGUGAGGUGGGAAACGAUAGCCGCCGAUAUCGAUAAGUCCAAGCAGUCUAACUUAGAGGGGAGUGGAUCGGAGGCGAAACCGACGAUCCAACACGUAUAAGCAUUUAUUAAGGAUGAGAUUCUCGAAACCUCGUAACCCCUUGAAACUCUGAAAAGUUUCGAGGUCUCGAAACUUUGUUCUAUCUUUGUGAUCGGGAACUCUCGAAACUUGAAUCGACCUGACUAGACUCGGAAAAAGUUCAUAUCUUAGUGUUUUCAAACAAAAACUUUGACUAAAUGUUUUAAAUAGUUUAGUAAUGAUAAUAGAUAAAAAUUCUAAAGAAUUCAAAAUUUUAUCUAGUUUUAGUUUUUCUCAUGUUUAAAAAUAAUUAUUUUCAUCUAAUUUCCAUAUAACUAUAUUUGACAUUCUAUCUAAAUAUGUUUAAAACCUAAUGUUUGUACCUAACUAUAUUUAAUUAAUAUUCUACCUAAUUAUGUCUAAUGAAAACUUAAUUUUCUGAAAAAUUUUGUUGAUAUUCUAGUUCCUGUGUUAAAGAUUUAAAAUUCAAUUUUCUGAUAAAAAUUAUAUUGAGUUUUUAGUUCCUGACCAGAAAUACUCCUUUUGAUAAUUGUGCAUUAAAAUGUUGAUAAAACUGUUUUUAUUUUUUUUUUUAGUAAAAAGUAAAAUUAUGCAGGAGCUUGUUUUAUGCAAUUACCUUUUUUUUAAAUUAGCAUUUUAUAUUUGUACAGUCUCUCAAGUUUCGAGAAUUUCGAGGUCUCACAAAGUUUUGGAUUCGAGUUUCGAGGACUUAAAAAUCAGGUUUCAAUCCAUUCCUAGCAUUUAUCGUACGCGCAGGUUACUUAGGAAACGCGUCGUAAAAUCCGACUCGUCGCGUCUAAGGUGUGCGUAGGGGAUGUAGUAGUGGUGUGGUAAAAGCGUCUCUCACAUUAUAUAGUCUUCGUAGUGCGUCUCGCAGGCCUUGGAAGUCCCCGAAGUCUCUUCAUCCCGGACGGCCGAGGUUUCGCGAUCACUGUCCUCGGGGAUGGCGAUCGCGAACUCGCGCUCUGCGCCGAGAGAGUCACUCUCCACUUGCGCGCGAUACGCCGAUAUUGGGUUGCCCCGGGUUUGGUUCUAUCGUUUCUUCAGGACCAAUUAUUGUAAACGAUUGUACCGGUAGCGCGUGGCACCGUUAUUAUCACACAUACACACAGCAUUGUACUUAAAUCACUUUAAGGAGAGGAUACGUGAUUUAAAUAUAAUUACAUUGUUGAAGAACGGCGGGCGAACGGCGUCGACGCGAUCUUUAGCGCACCCGUGCGACGAACAAUCGCGAAGUCGUUCGUUAUCGUUGACUCCUCCACUAAUAGCACCUUGAGGAAACGGAAAAUAGGAAAUAGGUGGAGAAGCAGGUUGACUUUCAAGUUGUUUUUAAUUAAGCGAGGAUUAAUUGCGCGCUAAGAAUGAAAUACUUGUGGGAAUGUUUGAAAUACUUGAAUAAAUGCUUGAAAAUUUAUCUCACGACGUGAGGCAAUCGAUCGAGGAAAUCUUGAUGGAGUUCUUUUAAUUACGUUUAUGCGAAGUGAAUAUAAUGUGUAAGUAUAUUAAAUUAAUUAUUAAAUUCAUACGAUAAUGUAAAUUUCUUGUUAUGUUAAUGCAGUAACAAAUUUCACAUUCUAAAAAUCACACUCAGAUUUUCAUAUCAUAUUUAAAGUGACAUACUGUUUUGAGCAAAGUUUGAUAAUUUUUUUUCGUAUUUCUAUUUUGUCAUUCUAUGUGAUAAAAUAUGAUUGCAAUCUGAGGCCAUAAGGGGCUCAAUGUUGUUAAAUUUUAUGAUUUAAUAUACUUCAAGUUGCCAUAAAGUUUAUGUACAUCAAUCUGUCGGGGAAGUUUGUUCACACAAAUAAACUUUGUAUCCUACAAAUAAAUUUCCACCAAGUAUUCGUUCUCAGUGUACUGAGAAGAAAAUACUUGGAAACUUGUUUGCGGGAUAUAAAAUUUGUUCACAGAAACAAAUCUUAUCUCGCAGAAAUGAACUUUGUAUCUCGCAAAUAACUUUCCACGAAGUACUCUUUCUCAGAGCGUUCAAUAUUAACUGACGUGCGAAUGCCGCGCGUCUUCUUUUCAAUUUUACCUCAGUCUACCUCGCUUGAUCGAUUUUUCGAGGAAGCUCAGUUUAUUACGUCACUUUGAGCAGACAUAGAGGCGCUACCGUACGGCCAGAUGUAAGACCGGCUCCCUUUUACGAUCAUUCCGGAAUUCUGAGCACGCCCGAAUGUCCAGUCAUUUGUAACUUUACGUGCUCGCGCGCCGGAAGUGCUGAACAUUUACGACUGUUAUCGACGGCUACGUGAUGUUUUGAUGUCACUCUGUCACUUUCGAGACUACUUUGUCGCUUUGUCUGAAUGAUUCUCACGUGCUGACGGUGCUAAUGAAACCGAUCGACGCCGUUGCUCGCGAGUUGAGAAUCUAUCUAAAAAUAGAUCCGUCUUCUUCGGCCGCGUUCUUUGCAUUCGAGAGAGAUCGGUGUUGCGCGCGCAACAAUCGAACGAGUAUCACGCGCUUUAAGAAAGUGAGGAAAAGAAACGAGAGAGAGAGAGAGAGAGAGAGAGAGAGAGAGCGCAUGAGGAUGAAAAGCGCGGACGGAGGGAACGGGAUUCGAUAAAGAGAACCAUGUACGUCCUAUAUGUACAAUGUCGCCCAUUGUACCGACAUCAUCAUCGAUAUCGAUUAUUAUCAUGUAUCAUUUAAUGAGUAGUGUAUUCACUAGAAGCAAGUAAAACGAGUUGAUUGUCAUCGUGUACGAAGUAAGUAGGAAGUAAGCGAGCGCACCGUGUAGUGUGAUACUACGUAGAUCGUGUGUGUGUGUGUGUGUGUGUGUGUGUGUGUGCGCGCGUGUGCGUGCGUGCGUGCGUGUGUGUGUGUGGGUGUGGGUGUGUGAGCGCGUGCGUCUGUGUAUGCUGAGAUCGAAAUGCAGGGCGAGACAUAUGAAUCGUUGGUAAGUCGCGAUCGAUCUACCCAAGUGGACUUGUAGACGUCGUGGACGAAUCAUGCGGAGGAAUCACAUCCACGAUCAGCGGAAUACAACCUCAGCGACUCAUUCAAGUGUUAAAAACACUAUCGAUGUCCGAUAUUUUUUGUUUUUUCUCCUUCCUCGUUAACCCUCGUACAAUCGUCGCCGUCUCUCAACAAUAAUAACCUUUAUAGAAAAGUAUCUGGCUGUGAUAAAUUGGCCAGUGAUAAAUAGUAAUUUUAUUAAUUACUAAUUAAUAAAAUUACUACUUAAUUAAUUUACUCGUACGAGUAAUAAAAUUAUUGAACGACAGUAAUUAUCACUGGCCAAAUUAUUACUUAUCAGUAUUACAUUUCUAUAAGGGAAACGUGUGACUCUGCAACUCGAUACUGUGUUUUCUCCACGAGAAGCAAAGUUAGAGUACCAAUGUCUGCACACACGCAACUCUGGACAUUCUUGUUGCUUUGGUCUUUAAACACGGAUAUCUGGAUUUUUUAAAUAGAAUAUACAUAUACAUAUAUAUAUAUACUCUAUAUCUUGAAAGUUUAAAUAUCCGUAAUUAAAGAUCAAAACGAUAAGAAUGCCUGUGUCCGGCCAUUGGUGUUUGGGUCUCACCUGUUUAAAGGCCGUGUUAGUAAUAGUCGUUACUUAAAAUCUCAUGUGACGUCCUUAGACACGUGUUAACAGUGGUUGCUUGAAACUUGUCUGGUGUGAUAUGCUCAGAUCUGAACGGAGAAUUAGAUCUGAGUUUUUCAGUUGAAACAUACGCGAUACACGUGACAUUGUGUUUGCAGGCGCGAUUCCGCUGAGAAACUCGCAUCUAAUUCUAAACUUAAAUAUGAGUGCCUCACUUGAAACAAGUUUCAAACAACGACUAUUAAUACGGGUCUUAGAUUUGAUUGUAGAGUCAGAUGUGAGUUCUUUAGCUGAAUCGCAAUCACGAGUGUGUGAUGUGUCGCGUGUGUUAUAUGAGAUUCGAGAACUCAAAUCUAUCCAAGAUAUUGAAUUCAGAUCCGAGUAUCUCACGUGGAACGAGUCUCGAGUAACGACUGUUGAUACGGAUGAAUAGGACACGGUAUUCACGAAGUAUUUCCGCGAUGCGUUGCGAUCAAGCGAGUCUCAUCGAUCAAGCGACGUUUGUGUUCUGUCUGCACAUUGAGCAUCGUAUUUUGCGAACGGUGCACGCUCGUUGGAAGCUCGUUGGUUCACGUUUAGCUUCGGGUGACAGUCAAGCUCCCGACACGUUCGUUCAGCUUCGAUGAGGAGACCACUGUGAGAUGGGCGACUUCCGAGUGUGACCAGUUCGCUGAAUAACUGCGAUUCCGCGAGUGUUUUGAGUGCAUCGAGAAUGAAAGGAUUAGAGAAAGGGAGAAAGCGAGCGAGAAAAAGAGAGAGAGAAAGAGAGAGAGAGAGAGAGAGAGAGAGAGAGAGAGAGAGAGAGAGAGAGAGAGAGAGAAAAGAAUGAAGAAAAGAGAGGAGGAAAGCAGAUCUCUGUUUAAUAAUGAUAAAAUCGAUAUACGUCAGCGUUAAAUCCGUUCAUGCACAUGUACGCCGAUUUCGAACAGCACGUAGCGCACCAAGAAAAAUGUAAAUAAAAGCGAAACACACGAAGAGUAUUUGUAAAGCUGUAGUUCUUAGUCUGGAAGUAACGUCCUCGACGUGAUUGACGGAGUAUCAAGACCCGUUUUGCGUUCGCGACCCCCACCAGAUUCGUUUCUUCUUCUUCUUCUUCUUCUUCGCGUCACCGAAACGACACAUAACGACAUAACUUGGCCCAAAGAUUUUGCUGUGUCCUGCGGAAUAAUUAUAAGCCUCACGAACCAUCGAGACAUGACUUUCUCUCGCUGUCAACCAGCAAAAGGAAGAUAUCAAGGAUAGCUCAGCGAUUUGUACGAUUUAUUGAACGUUAUUAUAUUGAAACGUUAGAGUUCAGAGUUUCCCAGGUGGAAAGUGGUCGAGAAGAAAUAAACGAGCGGGCUAACCGGAUUCUCAUUCGUCGAGCGCUGAAGUGUAAUGAGUAAAAUUGAAAUGCCGUUUCGGUCUGCUUGACGAAAUCCACCUCAGAAAGCAUACCUUAAUGACUACAGCGGUCGCAGACUGCUUCUUUAUUAUCCCCUCCCGAUAAUAAAUAUGCAUUAGAUCGAUCACCAGUCCGUGACCACUUAGGUCCUCCAAGCGUGCUUUCUCGCAUUGAUCCACGCUCAUAAUAUUCGCGAUGUUACGCCGAAUUUCGCGCUGAGUCGAACCGUUCGUUAAUCACGACUGAGGAUCCAGUUAACCUGGGCGAUCGUUUCCUUUCGAAGCUUUUCACCGAUCUUGUCGGAAUCGAAAGAGAAGUCCGUUGCGUUUACCUUUUGCAUCAAGUCUCGACCACACCGUCAUCGUCACGCAAAACGUGAAUCCUUGCACUGAGAUUAGAUUUCGACGACGAUAAGCUAACCAGAAGGUAUUGGUGCUGUCCACUUUUUACGAUAGAUUGUCGCGUUCUUUGCCGUAAGGUAACACUUGGUUUUCUAGGUAUCUCGCGUCUUGCGCGAAACUUACGCGGACGAUGCUCGAGCGAGGCGCUCAUGGAAUUUCGAGAUCGGACCGAUAUUCUGGAGAAAGGAAUCGGUUGCAUUUUUGCCUACCUAUGCACGCAUGUGUGUGUGUGUGUGCGCGCUUGUGCGCGUGGAUAGACGUCGGGAGCACCGUCCGCGUAAGAAUUGCUUGAGAAAGAACAUAGGGAAACUCGCGAAGGAGCCACCAAGGUAGGAAAACAAGCAAAGAUCGAGGCCAUCGAGGAGCCUCCGACUUGAAGCGAGGAACUUGUAAUCAUUCCAUUACAUAUUAUACAUAUUAUUAAGGACUAGCGCGGCAGUGUACUGUAAAUCCAUAGAAGUUAUUACUAUACCGUAAUAUUAUUAUGUAAUAAAUAUUGUUGUUAACAUAAA